CCACCAACAACUAUGAUCACAUCAGAACCACCAACAACUAUGGUCACAUCAGAACCACCAACAACUAUGAUCACAUCUGAAACACCAACAACUAUAAUCACAUCUGAACCACCAACAACUAUGACCACAUCAGAACCACCAACAACUAUGAUCACAUCAGACCCACCAACAACUAUGAUCACAUCAGAACCACCAACAACUAUGGUCACAUCAGACCAACCAACAACUAUGUUCACAUCUGAACCACCAACAACUAUGAUCACAUCGAGAACCACCAACAACUAUGAUCACAUCAGAACCACCAACAACUAUGAUCACAUCAGAACCACCAACAACUAUGAUCACAUCAGCCCCACCAACAACUAUGAUCACAUCAGCCCCACCAACAACUAUGACCACAUCAGCUCCAUUAACAACUAUUGAGUCAUCAGCCCAACCAACAAAUAUAGCUACAUCAUCCCAAGUAGCAAGUAUCUUUACAGCCCCAACAACAACUUUGGACUCAUUUUUAUUAACAACUACUGACAGACCUUUCGUUAAUGCUUCUACUGCUACGAUGACUAUUUCAUCUGCGGUCAGUAAAAUUUCGAACUUGACAGAAAGCACAUUUAAAAUUUCGUCAUCUACUCCAGCAGUUUCGUCUGUCACUGGUAAUUUUACUCGCUCCCCUACAACCGUGCGGCCGGGAAGUAACACAUAUGUUACAAUAACAGGACCUCAGCAGACCUCUUUGGCACAGACUUUGCCGGCUCGAUCCAGUGUAUUGCCGCCGAUAUCAACAACAGGUCAUAACGUCACGAAGGAAAGCCCAGGUCCAGUCAACAACAUCCCUGCAAUAGCAGCCGGAGCAGCCGUUGGCGCUGCACUGUUGCUUACAGCCAUUAUUCUAGCAUGCCUGUUUCUUCUUCUACCCCUUCUAAAGGCACGACCUGUAUCGAUGGAUAUAUAUGGUGAUGAAGAACAGCCUGUUCAGAAAAAGAAGAGAAAGAGACCCAGGAAGCCCUUCUCUCCACCGCCCGUCUUGGCGGACCUCUACAAAGACCAGGCCAAUAUUUUCACCCAUCACGGCGGAGGGGUGUUUUUCCCCAGCAGAUACAACCCGCCCAAGGAAGUGAAGGGGCUCUAUCAAAUAGAUUCACACUUCAAAGGGAGGCCGGUCACCGUUACCAUUCCUGUUUUCAACACAAAGUGACACCGGCCCUUGUUCUGCCGUCAGUAAUGCUUUGACACAAGAAGGACACGUCUAGGUGAUGACAAUA